AUGGAUGACCUGACGCGUCGAGGCCUCAAAGUUGUUAGCCAACUGGAAGAAAAUGAAGACAACCCUGACACCUUUGAUAUCGUCAUCGUUCACGGGCUACAUGGUAGUUUUGAUAAAGAUUGGUCCGAGAGCUUGAGUAGUGAUGAAGAUUUCAACUUUGUCAUUCGUCGCUCCUUUCGACUUUUGGCCUACGAUCAUGACAUGUCGCUAUCUUCAAGGCAAAGCAUUUUGGAAGAAUUAGCAUUCCAAAAGCUUGCCCUAUCACUAUUGGAAGAAAUUGCCAAGGAAGCCGUGAAAGAGGUAAGCAAGUACCCUGUUUAG